UCUUGCAAAGUUCAGACCUCAGACCAAAAAGCAUCAGAAACCAUGGCUGGCCCGGCGCCGGCGGCCCCAAGGAGCACGCAGAAAGCCCCAUCAAGUCGGCCGGGACUCCUGCGAGCCAGUGCCAUCACCAUACUUGCCUUAAUCAUCCUGGCGGGCCUUGCCGUAAUCAUAAUCUGGCUUGUGAUCCGGCCAAGGCGAUUAGAGUACACGAUUGAAGAUGGCUCCAUCCAUGGUUUCGACCUGAAGUAUAACCAUCUCAAUGCUUCGUUCGACUUCGUCAUCAGAGCCUACAAUCCUAACAAGAAGGUCUCUGUGUACUAUGACUCCGUGGAGGUGGACGUGUCCUACGAUGACCAGACGCUGGCCAUGGAUGUGGUGGAGCCAUUCUUCCAACCUCAUCGUAAUGUAACCCACUUCCAGGUGAAGCCCGUGGCUCGGUUGGUGCCACUACUGGGGUCGGUGUCUAGGGACCUCAGGCUCGAGAAAUCAUCGGGAGGGGUGGAGCUGGCGGUCCGAGUUAAGGCCAGAAUUCGUUUCAAGGUUGGCAUGUGGAAGUCCACAAAGCGCACCUUGAGGGUCACAUGCUCACCCGUUGUGGUUCAUUUGUCAUCGUCUUCCAAGGUGUUCGACAGGGUCUACUGUGAUAUAGAUCUUUAAGGUGGUUCAAAUUUGUCUCGCUAGUCCAUUUUUGGACCGGGCUUCUCUAUAUUUUUGGUUCAUUGUUUGGUUGAUUGAGGGCAUGGCCAAUGGGCUUUCAUUUUUCUUUAUUAGUUCUUUA